AGGAGACGAGACGCGAGCGUGAUUUUAAUAUCUUUGAAUAUUCUGGAUUCGAAAUCGACUCGGCCCGAAUUUAGAGAGAUGAUACUGGUGGCGAUCGUCGCUGAGGUGCUGGAGGAGUAUACGGCGUUGCUGGCUCGUGUCGUGGAGUAGGUGUUCCAUUCAGCUCCUGUUCCCCAGUGGGUUCGCUUCCUUAUCCUCCAUAGUCUUCCAUUCACUUCCUCUCACCCAAGGACGGUUCACUGAUUCAGUUCCCUCUUUCCUGCCUCUGCUUCUUCCGUUUUUCUCUUUUCUCUCUCUAUUCUGUUUUUAGGUUAAUUUUUUUUAGUGAUGGAGAUUCUCGGUACAUGUGUACUUUCAUUGCCGAGCUUCUGUAAAUUCUUUUAUGUAUACUCUGCUUCUGUUGAUUUCUCUCAGAUUUUAUGUUUUAGCCCGUUUUUUGAAUUCCAGAUUACUUUAGCAACGAAGGACAGAGUGUUGUUAAUUCAAGAUUAGUUUUAGAUUAGUGUUAAAUGAUAUAUGCAGAUUUUGAUUCUCCGGUUGUUUGAAUUGAGUGGCAUGUUUCAAGCUUUUGGUUCAUGGUGAGUGAGUCGUGACUCGGACAAUGUAAGGGGAGUUGUGUUUGGACUCAGUAGUAGUGAGUAGGCGCGGGGAGUGUGUAGAAACUUCUCUUUUGUUUCUCUAUCAAUUGAUUAUGAUAAAUGAUAAUCUUUUUUAUUUUU